AUGAAUUCAAAGUUUAUAAUUUUGAGUAUUGCUUUACUUAUGCCUCUUUACUUAGCUUAGAAUGUUUCUAUUGAAUAACUCCUAUCUUACAAUAAGUGGUCAAGUUAAAAUUUAAGAACUUUCUUGAACGAUGAAGAAAAGCUAUUUAGACAAUUUGUCUUCUUUGAAAACUUUCAAAAGGUCAAAGAACACAACAUUCAAGAUAAUCACACUUACUAACUUGACUUAAACUAAUUUUCUGAUAUGAUGGAAGAGGAGUUUGUUGAGAAAGUUCUUAUGAAAUCUGAUUUAGUUGAUCUUCACAUUCAAUAAGCUACCAGUAAAAACGCAACUUCUUCUACAACUGGAGGAUCUGCUUCAUCUAAUUCUACAAAUAGUACUGCAAAAGUUGCAAUAGACUGGAGAAAUAAAGGUGCUGUGACUUCAGUUAAAAAUUAAGGUCAGUGUGGCUCUUGCUGGGCAUUCUCUGCAGCUGGUUUAAUGGAAUCUUUUAAUUUCAUUAAGCAUAAAAAUUUAACAGAUUUUUCUGAAUAGUAGCUUGUUGAUUGUGUGAACAUUUCAAAUGGUUUUUAUUCUUAUGGAUGUCAUGGAGGAUGGCCUGAAUAAUGCUUAGAAUAUACCGCAAAGUUCGGUAUCACUACCUUACAAAGCUAUCCAUAUGUUGGUGUUUAAAAGAAGUGCAAUGUUACUGGAACUAACAAUGGUUUUAAACCUAAAUCUUGGGAGCAAAUUCCUAAUACUUCUAAAGAUUUAUAGCACGCUUUAAAUAAAUCACCAGUUUCUGUUGUUGUUGAUGCUUCUACUUGGAGUCACUAUAGAUCUGGUGUCUACAAUGGCUGUGACUAAAACAAAAUUAAGCUUAAUCAUGCUGUGUUAGCUGUUGGUUAUGAUUCCGUUGGUAAUUGGAUUGUUAAAAAUUCUUGGAGUACUUAUUGGGGUGAGCAAGGUUAUAUUAGACUUGCUCCUAAUAAUACUUGUGGUAUUUUAAGCUAUAAUUACUAAAUUACAGCUUGA